AUGGGUCGCUUUAGGCUUCGCAAAUUGCUUUUUGACGACUUAGACGAGGAUGAGAUAAUGAGGCGAGUUCUUAAGGGUUCAACAUCACAACGUAAACGUCGUCGGUAUAUUGAACGUGAUCGUUUGGCAAGCCAUAAAAGACUUUAUCUCGACUACUUUGCUGACACACCAGUAUAUCCUCCUAAUUUAUUUCGGAGGAGAUUUCGGAUGAGUCGAUCUCUUUUUCUCCGUAUUCAAUCUAAGGUAGAAACUUAUGAACCUUACUUUAUCCAAAAAAGAGAUAAUGCCCAAAGGCUCAGUUUAUCUUCUCUUCAAAAGAUAACAACUGCACUUAGGAUGCUUGCGUAUGGAGUGGCAACUGAUUUUAUGGAUGAGUAUGUGCGGAUUGGAGAAUCCACUGUAAUAGAAAGUCUGAAAAAAUUUGUUAAAGCGAUGGUUGAUAUUUUCUCCAAGGAAUACUUAAGGUCUCCAAACAACGAAAACAUUGCUAGACUUUUAGUUAAUGGGAAAAGACAUGGAUUUCCAAGAAUGCUAGGGAGCAUUGAUUGCAUGCAUUGGAAAUGGAAAAAUUGUCCGACUACAUGGAAAGUGGCAUCAUUUGAUCUUUGGAUAUGGCAUGCAUUUUUUGGGUUGCCUGGAUCAAAUAAUGACAUUAAUGUAUUAGAACGGUCUCCUAUAUUUUCUGAGCUUGAACAAGGACGUGCUUCUGCAGUUAAUUACUCAAUGGCCAUGAGGAUACAAUGGAAUACUACCUUGCUGAUGAGAUAUAUCUGA